UGGCAUUUGCAUUCUCGUGAUUAUGAUGAUUAAAUUUAGCAUCUCCAAUCCAAUCGCCAGUACGAUUUGUGCAUUUUGAAACGUCAACAAACAAAUUAUUCUUCACACUAGCCAAGUCUCGAAAUUUUAGCGAAAAAAGAUACAUCAAUACCUCAUAGUUUAUUUAUUGUAUAGAAAAAUUAACCGUUCGAAAAAGCACAACAAUGAGUUUAUCGCUGAAGCUAAAAACGAAAACUGGCCAGCAGCACAUCGUGAGCAGUCUGACGCGGGAUAGUACAGUGCGGAUUCUAAAGGAUAAGAUAACCGAACUGACCAAAAUCCCCUCGGACUUGCUGCAUGUAGUUCUUGGAUAUCCACCAUUCAAGCAAUUGGAUUUCAGCAACGAUGAUAAUUUGAUAUCCGUCAUUGGUGUGAGUAACGGGGACACUUUGAUCAUAGAGGAACGACAGCUCAGUGAAGAAGAACGCAGACGACUGGAAGCGGCAAAACGCAUGGAGGAAGAUGAGGCUUUGGCCAAAGAACUGGCUGCUCAGGGUGAAGAUGGUAGUGGGAUUCUUCUAAAACAAGUUGUUCCCAGUGAUAAUUCGUGUCUUUUUACCAGCAUUGGUUUUGUUCUGACUGGAAAAGUUGACCCAGAUAAUAGCCAAUACAUGAGACAGAUUAUAGCUUCCACUGUUAAUGGAGAUAAGCAAGAAUACAACGAGGGAAUACUAGGGCGUCCAAAUGAUGAAUAUUGUGCAUGGAUUUUGCAGCCGGAAUCAUGGGGUGGAGCAAUAGAAGUAUCUAUUCUUUCUGCCUACCAUGGAAUCGAAUUCGAUGUCGUAGAUAUAACGAACGCAAUUAUAAAUCGUUUCGGUGAAGAUAAAAAUUAUGGAAUGCGAGCCUUUCUACUUUUUGAUGGAAUUCACUACGAUCCACUGUACCUGGAAUCGACUUCGGGAGAACCUCCGAAAACCAUUUUCCCAGUUGAGGACAGCAUGGUUUAUCAGCAGGCCGAACAGCUGGCAAAAGAAGCCAAAUCUUCCCGCCAAUUUACGGACGUAAACAAAUUUACUCUCAAGUGCAAUGAUUGCGGAUGUCAUUUUAAAGGACAGGUCGAGGCACAGCAGCAUGCGACAAAACAUGGACACGUGAAUUUCGGAGAAGUGUAGGAUCGGUUGCCUUGGACAUCGGAAGGUUUAAUGGAUAUUCGACUAAUGGUGUCUGGUUGCAAAAACGAAAUUCUUCUAUCGAAGUGUAGAGGAAUACUUUGUGUUUUUUAUUUGCCUAUUUUCAUAGUUUGAGCUCAUGCAUGUUCAAGUAUAUCGCGCUCACCCCAGGAGAUCGAAAUGCAUCUUUUAAAUUUGUUAGUGUGGAAUUUUAAUUAAAAGCUAGGAAUUUCAUUUUUUUCGCGUCUACUGUAAUGUAUAAUUUUACUCAACGCUUUUUUGUUUAAUAAAAUUUUUAUUACUGCUAAAAAAUCCUA